AUGAAGCGGUCUCUCCACUCGGUCGACGUAGCCGCGGCCUCAGCUGCAACACCGCCCCCGCCCCAGCCAGCAGUACUGCCAUUCCCAGGGAGUUUGGUGUCCAUUAACCCGGGUUCUCUGGGUCCCCUACGAAACCAGCUGUACCCUCUAAGGGCCCCAGGGAGAUGCGACGGAGAAACACGGAGCGGCUUGGUGUCGCCGCUCACCGUGGGGGCCCCUCGGACACACAGCCAUGUAGGACCACACAAACAUUCACGGGACAAAGGGCCCCCUCCGGGCGUCGAAGUUAUAUCUGUCGAUGACGACGAUGACGAGAUGCCUCCAGUCCCUGCUUCCGCCUCAAUGACUCGGUGCGUUCCUGGGGCAUGUCAGGACCUCAAUGGCAGCAGCACCAUCAGCAGCGGCGCCAGCAGCAGCAACAAAGCCAGCAGCAGCGCUUGCAACAGCGGCGCGUAUAGCAGCAUAGUAAGUAGCGGGAGCAGGAACAACAGCGGAAGCAAGAGCGGCAGGAGCGAAGGCGGCGCCAGCAGCAGCUCGAGCAGCAGCUUGGGCAGCAGCGACAGCAGCAGCCGGGACCAAGUGGCAGCAAGGAGCACGGCAAACUGUUCCGCAGGGGCCAGGGUUGUGGAAGUUUCCCGAGGCGAAGCCUCAGCUCAGGAAGCGGGCCAGCCCUCUACAGAGCCUUCCAAUAGCGCCUUCACCCCAAAGGCCUUCAUCGGGUCGCACAGCAAGAGCCUGUGGAUCCAAGGGCGGCAGCGGCCAGAGCAGGUUGACAAGCACAUUUCGGACUUGCGCACUAAAGUCGCAGUGGGGAAGGUCACGCUGCGGGGUACAGUGUUUCCGUCCACUGCAACAGCAGCAGCGUUCAUGAAGGCUGUUUCCCAGACAGCCAGGGUUACCUCUUUCUCCAUUAGUGCCCCGGAGAUGCCUCAGGAGCAGUUUGCUGCCGUUUGCGAAGGGCUCGGCAGCUGCGUCUACCUGAACCACGUUGACUGCAACUCAAUAGGCAACAAGCCCCUAAGCCCUGCUGCGCUGCAGCUGCUGCUGCAGCAGCUGCAGCUGUUACCCGACUUGCGAGAGGUCAACCUUUCGGGUAACGAGUUCGCCUCUCCAGGGGCCCCGGUUUCCUCUCAGAGCCCGUCAUCGUGGGGGCCGUGGGGCCCCCUCCUAGACGGAGCUGAACUCCUCAAGGGCCUUCUACGAAGUGGCGUGCUCUGCUUGCUGGCGAGAGAAUGCGGUCUUCGCCAGCUGCGUCAGUUCCUAUUGUGGGUGCUCAACCGCUGCCACUGCCUGCGCCUGAGGCAGCUGGACUUGGGCGCGUCAUCCAAGCUGCUCACGACGUUGGUUCCCGGCGAGACCUUCGACGAAGAGCUGCUCCGGCGCGUAUCUCGGCUCUCCAAGUCUACAUGGCGUAUGGGCAAAGUUAUCGGCGAUUACGCGCCUCCAUUUCAAGCUGUGAAUCUUUGGAAGCCGCACAUGGCGCAUACAUUUUGGCUUUACUGCCUGUUGGAUGCGAUGGUCUCUAGCAGUGCAACAGCAACAGAUGAGGCUGCCAGAGAGGGGGUCUCGAAGACUGCAGAGGUUUCGCUACCGCCUGCGUCGUUGGGAGCCAACGUAGGUGCCUCUGGCCGCCUACCCCUCAUUCGCGUGUGGGGAAUCCCGACAGACCAAGCCGUUUCAACUCCGUCACACGCUGCAUACUUUAGAUAUGGGUACCUUGUGGCCAGACUGGGAGACCGCUGCUUGGUGCGCUGGGUGCCUCUCGGAUCCUUCCUUGCUGCAGUAGAGGAGGACUUGAUAGCUUGCGAAAAUGCAGCUUCACGUAAGUGCCUUCGGCAGCCGCAGCAGCAGCAGGGCGCCUCUGGGGACCCGCCCAACACUGUGCAGCAGAGGGCCGCGGCAACGGAGCUAAGCACCUGUGGAACUCCGCACAGGGGAGGAACACCAGUGCAGGCUUCAAGUUCCACCAGUGCAACCCCCAAACAGGGCCAGCAGCAGCAGAGGGGCUCCGUGGGCGGACGCAUGUCUGCCCGUUUGGCCGGCGUAUUAGCGGGGGGUGGGGUCCACGCGGAGUCCCUGACGGGAACAUUCGGGGCUUACGAUGCAUGCAUAGAGGCCACGCGAGUGGAGCCAGCAGUGUUCGCCUUUGCUGUUUGGCGGCAGCAGCUGGAUUGCCACAGUAAAUGCUGUAGGCCUGGACAAUGGGUGGAGGUGAUUUCCUCGAAGAAAGAAGACAAGCGAUUCUUGUACUCAGCAAUAGGAAUUGUUCAGCAGACGCUGCCAAGCACAGACGGCAGCGUCCUCAUGUACCGCGUGGAGUACUUGGGGCUUCCCCCACGUUCCUUCACCCGGCUUACCCUGGGGGUCUCGCCGACUCCCGCCGAUGUUGCUGAGGUGCUGCGCAGCACCGUGCGGGUGGCGGUGGUGCCGGCAGAGAGGGUGCGGCCGCUUGCGUUCCUCGCCCCCAACGCGCUGUGGACCCUGGACUCCUUGCGGGAGAGAUGGGGAGCUUCCAAUUGCGUAGGCUUACCGGAAGCCUACGGAGUUGACCUCAAGUGCCCAGCUUACGGUGCGCGAGUCGUGUAUGCUGUUCCCGUUGCAAGCCGAGAUGCUGACAAUUGUGUUAGCAGCGCGAGCAGCAGCAGCGGCAGCAGCAACGCCGCUAGUAGCGGCGGCAGCGUGAACUCUUGUGCGCCGGAAACUGCGUCGGAUGCAGCCGCAGCAGCAGGCGCUCGGUGGCAUAUCCAGCUGAACUGCCAGCACCUCGAGUUCGCUGCUAAACAGUUGCUGCACCCUCGCCAGCUGUUUUAUCGUUUUGGCUUAGAAGGCGACGUAUCUCUAGGGGGCACCGCCGACCAAUUCGGACCACUUGGGGUCACAGAAAUACCGCCUCCCCUUUCUCCCCGAGUCCCAGCCAGAGCUAGCGGGGCCCCCUCUUCGCCUGUGCCGGCGGACAGGGCGGAGAACGGCAGCGCCACCGUGUGUUGGGGAGGGGCUACCUCCCCCGAGGCUGCGAGCCGAGGGGCAGGUGCAUCUAAUGAGUCAUGUGAUCGUACGGCCUCGUUGCGUACAUCAUUAACACCAGGGGGUUCCACCACCCCAGCUGGGUUGGCCUCCCCGCGGGCUCGCAAGCGGCUGUGGAAUGUCUUUGCAGAACCGGGGCACUCGGGAGCCCAGCAACAGCAGCCUGAGGGACAAGGAAUGAACCAAGCGCCCAGAAAAAAACAGCAGAAGCCCACUAUUACUGCACAGAAAGCUCCGGAGGUGGCCCAGUGUGGGCCAGGUGCGGAUCCGCAACUCAAGCCUGCUGCGAAGCGGACACCUCAGGAUUCGUCCGUAGUGGUGGAGUUGUCAGAUGAGGAUGCUCCUGCGAGGAAGGAGCAGCAGCAGCACAUCGAGAAGCCAAGGGAACAAACACCCGAGGAGACCAGGGAGUUUGAGAAGACGACAGCAAGCCGACUGGAGCUUGCUUGCACAUCCCCACUUCUCGAUGCACCUGAAAAGAAUCUGGUAGAUGGCAAUUUAGACACUGCAAUGUGGCACACAGUGCGCACCUGCGUCCGCUGCCGAAUGCCAAUGCCACCGAGUCAGGCUCCCGCAACUGCUGCAGCAGCAGCAGGCGGGGCUGCUGCAAGCGGAGAGUCGGCACCUGCUGCUGCAUGUGGGCCUCCAGCUGAGGGAGCAGCCUCUGCUGUAGCUGAAGGCCCUCCUGGGGGAGGACAAAGGGCCCCACCUUGGGUGGAGGGGGUUCCCUCGGCGGCAGGUGUACUCAGGCGGUUUCGAGCCUACGUGAGGCGGAUCAAGGCGGAAACUUGUUUGAGGGAGAUGAAGAGACUUAAUAGACUUCUUGAGGAUCUCCAGCUCCCUCUUCCAGCAAUUCAAGGCGCAGAAGGUAGCUGCACAGACCAGGACAGCAACAGUAGCGGCAGCGUGAGCAGCAGUGGCGCCCCAGCGAAUGGCAGCAGCAGCAGUAUCAGCCGGCACCAGAAGAGCGGAGGAAAACUACGGAGCGAUCGAGACCAAGAGGCCUUUGAACGAUGCGUGCAAGUCGUUGGGGGUGUAGCCUCUCCAGCAGUCUCCGCGGGGAGGCAGCAGAGCAACUCGUGCAAUAUUGGGAGCAGCAACGGCAGCAGUAUCAGCAGCAACAGUUCAGAGCAUGAGCUGCCAUCAGACGCUGCAUGCACGUAUGCUUCUUGUACUGUCUCAAGAAGUGAAUGGACCGAUCCAGGAAAUGAUCAGUGGUCCGCCACCGCAAGCGACUGCUGCUGUACUUGCAGGGAGUGCGCUUGCUGUUGCCAGCGGAUUCGCUUCACCAGCGCCGAGUAUCACACGCCGCAAGGCCCCCCUGAGUGUGAGAACGGCACGCCUGCCGAUGCUGCGGCUCCCUAUACUCCAGCUUCCCCGGAGCAGCAGCAAGAGCUGAGUCCCGAGGAGUGGGAGGUGGUCACGCGGGCCAUGGGCAUUCUGCUGCGACGGGGCGUCAUAGGGGUGGUGGCCCAUGAAAGAACUUCAUCGGCGCUGCGGGUGCGGCUGCUGCCAUUGCCGCGCUUACCUAUUGAAAAGCCGGCUACGGGGCCCACGGUUGCUGGGGCCCCCUUUGUUACAACUACUGCGCUGCCUGCUGAUUCUCUAGAUGAAGAGGAGGAACUGCAGGAGCUGCGGCGAGUGCUAGAGCAGCGUCGAGAGCCCCCCUAUUGGGGCAUUGACAAAGUUAGGUCAGAAGGAGCUCGUGGCGGUGAUGUCUUGGCCCGCGAGGGUGAGUCCCUGCUGGGCGAGGGGGAAGAAGACAUACUGUGCCACAGAUGUCUGGAAGAAGGCUGGGUGUCAGAGUUCUCACUGCCGCGGUUGUUAGACAGGUAUCGCUCGGCAUGCACGGACACGACGUGCAACGCCCCGUCCUGCGGGAGCGCCAGCGGCCGUUGCGGCUGCCGCAGCGCUGCGAGAAAGCGGAGGCCCACUGCAUCCAAGCCUCAGGUGUUUGGCUGGAGCCGCAACAGCACCUUCCACGGUAUUGCUGCGUCGGCUGAAGCGUGCAACAUAAGCCAGCAGGACGCUGAGCUAACAUACAGCGAGUAUGCGUGCAUGCAGCUCGAGAGCCUGCACUAA